AUGCUAAUUUCAUUCCCCUUACUUAUAUUCCCCUUGUUUAUUUUUGUUAAAAAAAAUAAAAAGACACAGACCAGAUGUAAUUUUUCAACAAUCGAGUAAAAUAUGCCCAAAGAAUCGGUCAAAGAGUUAGAUACAGACUCGUCUUCUUCUAAUGUCGAAGAUGCUCAACAUUUUCGGAGGAUUAGGAGGUACAUGAGAAACAUCAGACCAAAAUGUUUGCCAGAUUCUGUCUCCGAGUGGCAAUUAAAACACAGCAAUAAAUUAAACAUUAACUAUCAGAAAAAUUAUCUUUCCACUCCAUAUGAUGUUAUAUUAAAGACAGGAAAUGUAAAAGAGCUCUCAUACUUACAAAAAAAAUAUAUCAAAGUGUUGCAAUCAUAUCUUCAUUUUGAUGCUGUUCAUAAACGAAAUGCUGAUAAAGUUCCAAUUCAUCGCUUUUAUGAUGACUAUAUGAAACCAGAGUUGGAAAAGAUAUUAAGAACAGUAUUAGCCAGACCACCAGAUGGAGAGAAACAUCAUGAAGAAUCAAAAGAAAAUACCAGCAUAGUUGAAAGGGUAAAAUUUUGUGUAGAAGAUUUUAUCGAUGAAUUGUUGAUUUUCCUGAGGAGAACUCUACAUCCCCAUUCUAAUGUCACUGAAGGGAUGUAUUCAUCAUUAUUCAGAUCAUUUGCUACUAUGUGUCAUCUGAGACCUAGGAAUGGUGAUGAAUACCUGUCAUGUUUUAAAGGCUUAAUGGGUGUAAACGUUAGCUCUAAGCCUGAUUACCGUUUAUGUACAAGACAUAUGUCUAAUGUAGAAGAUAAAGAUCCUUAUACUGUGGUAUCAGUUGUUAAGGUAUGUUAAAGGUUUAAUGGGUGU